CAGAAUAUAUACUUCUUUUUGGGGAAAUUUUUUUUUUCUUCUUACCAUCUGCCGGGUUACAGAUCAUAUAUAUUUAUAUAUAAUCCAUAUAUAUUCUUCUUCUCUUGCAUCCUAUCUCCUCCAAUUUCCUUUCUUUCUUUUUUUUUCCUUUUUUUUUUUAUCUAUAUAUAUUGAAAAUAAAGUUUGGGGUUUUGGGUUUAGAGGGGUUUAAUUUGUUUGAUGGGUGCAAACGUGUCUGGCGGUAGAUCGGAUUGUGACGGAGAUGGUUCUUUGUUGAGGAGGCCUAGAUUUGAUGAUAUACCGGAGAGUUGUGUGGCAUUGGUGUUGAUGCGGUUAGACCCGACGGAGAUUUGCAAUUUGGCUGGGUUGAAUCAGGCUUUCCACCGCGCUUCUCUAGCUGAUUUCAUAUGGGAAUCAAAAUUGCCUUCCAAUUACAGGUUCAUUGCAGAAAGGGCUCUUGGAGAUACAACUCUUUCGACGUUGAGCAAGAAGGAAAUUUAUUCCAGGUUGACCAAGCCCAACUCCAUUGAUGAUGCCACCAAGGUAUAUAUGUACAGCCUGUUCUUCAGACUCCAGCUUGGGAGGACAUCAAAGAGACUCGGCCGUCGGGUCUGUAAUUCCGAGCAGAUUCAUGGGUGGGAUAUAAAACCUGCACGUUUCCAGCUAACAACGUCGGACGGUCAACAUGCUAAUAACCAGUGUUAUUUGGACAAUCCAGGGAGCUGGGUUCUUUACCAUGUCGGAGAUUUUGAUGUUGAGAAUCCUAAUGCAUUCACAAAGAUCAAAUUUUCAAUGACUCAGAUUGAUUGCACUCACACCAAAGGAGGGCUAUGUGUUGAUUCUGUUUUAAUAUACCCCAGAUGCAGUAGCUUGGGAAAAGAGGUUACAUCGUGGUUGCAAAGAUAGCGAACUCCUCCUUAUCUUCUUACAGAACUUAGAAAAAUAUAUACUUUUUGUUUUUGCGCAUAAAUUUAUGGGAUUUUU